UACUGGUUGCAAUGUGAAAGUGGGAUAGCUUGCUUGCAAUCCCCCCACACCUCACACAACAUGCAUACACACAUACACUUGCUUACAUGCGUGCACACGCGAGCUUGUGCACCCUAGCAGGCACAUGCUGUCAUGUAUGCACACACAUACCUUCAUGCACUCCCGGAAUAUGCAUCUCCAGCCUGGGACUUAAAUGAUGUUCUACAGCAGGAGGACUGGAGAAACCCAUGCCAAAUCAGGAUUUAAUGUUACAUUUUGGGGGUGAGCCCUGAAGAAUUUGGGCAUUAUCUUUUCUUUUUCGUUUUGGGUUGAUUUGUGAAAAAAAAAAAAAGAAAUUUAUUUUUUUGCAUCUUACAAUGGAAUUACGUUAUUUGCUGCUGUUCUUCUCUGUGGUCUGGCAAGUUCAAGCUGUAGAAGAAACUCUAAUGGACACUCGUACUGCUACAGCAGAGCUGGGCUGGACAGCCAAUCCUUCUUCAGGGUGGGAAGAGGUGAGCGGCUACGAUGAAAACCUCAACACAAUCCGCACAUACCAAGUUUGCAACGUCUUUGAGCCCAACCAGAACAACUGGCUCAUGACCACCUUCAUCCCACGACGUGGAGCUCAUCGAGUGUAUGUAGAGAUGCGUUUCACUGUACGGGACUGUAGCAGCUUACCUAAUGUACCAGGUUCCUGCAAGGAGACAUUCAACUUGUAUUACUAUGAGACAGACUCCAAUGUUGCUAAUAAGAAUACUGCCUUAUGGAAUGAGGCCCCCUAUUUAAAGGUGGACACAAUAGCUGCUGAUGAAAGCUUCUCACAAGUGGACUUUGGUGGGCGAUUAAUGAAAGUCAAUACAGAGGUGCGUAGCUUUGGACCUUUGACCCGCAAUGGCUUUUAUUUAGCUUUCCAGGAUUAUGGCGCAUGCAUGUCGCUCCUUUCUGUCAGGGUCUUCUUCAAAAAGUGCCCCAGUGUGGUUCAGAAUUUUGCAGUCUUCCCUGAAACAAUGACUGGAGCUGAGAGCACAUCCUUGGUCAUUUCCCGCGGAACCUGUAUCCCUAACGCGGAGGAGGAAGAUGUUCCCAUUAAACUUUACUGCAAUGGGGAUGGGGAAUGGAUGGUUCCAAUUGGUCGAUGCACCUGCAAAGCUGGUUAUGAACCUGAAAACAAAAGUGUUUGCAAAGCCUGCCCAGCAGCCAUGUUUAAGGCAAAUCAAGGUAUAGGUAUUUGCGCACCAUGUCCUGCUAACAGUCGGUCCAAUGCUGAAGCUUCACCUAUCUGUAUUUGUCGCAAUGGCUACUAUCGAGCUGACUUUGAUCCGCCGGAGGCUAUGUGUACAAGUGUUCCCUCUGGUCCUCGCAAUGUCAUUUCCAUUGUCAAUGAAACAUCAAUCACCUUGGAGUGGCAUCCACCUCGUGAAACGGGUGGAAGGGAUGAUGUCACCUACAACAUCAUCUGCAAGAAGUGCCGCUCUGACCGACGUAGCUGCUCCCGGUGUGAUGACAAUGUGGAGUUUGUUCCUAGACAGAUGGGUCUUACAGACACCAGAGUCUUCAUCAGCAACUUAUGGGCUCAUACCCCUUAUACCUUUGAGAUCCAGUCUGUCAAUGGUGUUACCAACAAGAGUCCAUUUCCUCCCCAACAUGUAUCUGUUAAUAUCACCACUAAUCAAGCGGCACCCUCAACUGUUCCCAUCAUGCAUCAGGUCAGAGCCACUAUGAAAAGCAUCACACUAUCUUGGCCCCAGCCAGAGCAACCCAAUGGAAUUAUUUUGGAUUAUGAGAUACGAUUCUAUGAGAAGGAUCACAGUGAAUUUAACUCUUCCUUAGCCAAGAGCCAAACCAACACUGCUAGUAUAGAAGGACUGAGGCCAGGAGUGGUGUACGUGGUGCAGGUUAGGGCUCGCACUGUAGCAGGUUACGGAAAAUACAGUGGCAAGAUGUGCUUCCAGACACUGACUGAUGAGGAUUACAAAUCCGAGCUGAGAGAGCAGCUUCCUCUAAUCGCCGGAUCGGCUGCUGCAGGAGUGGUUUUCAUUGUAUCUCUGGUGGCGAUUUCCAUUGUGUGCAGCAGGAAGAGAACGUACAGCAAAGAGGCAGUGUACAGCGACAAGCUGCAACACUACAGCACAGGCAGAGGUUCUCCAGGGAUGAAAAUUUACAUAGACCCCUUUACAUAUGAGGAUCCCAAUGAAGCUGUGAGAGAGUUUGCCAAGGAAAUUGAUGUAUCUUUUGUGAAGAUUGAAGAAGUUAUUGGGGCUGGGGAAUUUGGUGAAGUGUACAAAGGUCGACUAAAACUCCCGGGCAAGAGAGAAAUUUAUGUUGCCAUUAAAACUCUAAAGGCGGGAUACUCGGAGAAGCAGAGACGGGAUUUCCUUAGUGAGGCAAGCAUCAUGGGCCAAUUCGACCAUCCAAAUAUCAUUCGCCUAGAAGGUGUGGUGACUAAAAGCCGGCCUGUUAUGAUUAUCACUGAAUUCAUGGAGAACGGUGCUCUAGAUUCCUUCCUGCGGCAAAAUGAUGGACAGUUCACAGUCAUUCAGCUAGUGGGCAUGCUCAGGGGCAUUGCAGCCGGCAUGAAGUACCUCUCCGAAAUGAACUACGUGCAUCGUGAUCUAGCAGCUAGGAAUAUACUGGUGAACAGCAACUUAGUGUGCAAGGUCUCCGACUUCGGACUCUCCCGUUACCUUCAGGAUGAUACGUCAGAUCCCACAUACACCAGCUCCUUGGGUGGGAAGAUCCCAGUCAGAUGGACGGCUCCAGAGGCAAUAGCUUACCGCAAGUUCACAUCUGCUAGCGAUGUGUGGAGUUACGGUAUUGUUAUGUGGGAGGUGAUGUCAUUUGGAGAGCGGCCGUAUUGGGAUAUGUCCAACCAGGAUGUUAUAAAUGCCAUUGAGCAGGAUUAUCGUCUGCCUCCCCCCAUGGACUGUCCAGCGGCUUUACAUCAGCUUAUGUUGGACUGCUGGCAGAAAGAUCGCAACAGCCGACCACGCUUUGGGGAGAUUGUCAACACUUUGGAUAAGAUGAUACGAAAUCCUGCCAGCCUCAAGACAGUGGCCACCAUCCCUGCUGUGCCUUCCCAGCCGCUGCUUGACCGCUCCAUCCCAGACUUCACAGCCUUUACCUCAGUAGAUGACUGGCUGAGCGCUAUUAAAAUGGGACAAUAUCGAGAUAACUUCCUGAGCUCUGGCUUCACCUCCCUGCAGCUUGUUGCCCAGAUAACCUCAGAGGACCUCCUGAGGAUAGGGAUAACAUUAGCUGGACACCAGAAAAAAAUCCUGAACUGUAUUCAGUCUAUGAGGGUUCAGAUGAGCCAGUCUCCCACAUCUAUAGCAUGAGACUUUAGGGAGAACAUGGGUUGGGGAGUCCGUGAGGGUGGGAGAGGGGAUGGAAUGUCGUUACACAGAGGAAGAGAUUGAUUUGUUGAGGAAAACAGACUUUGCAAUUAAGGAGACAACAUAUUAAGGGUUAUGGGCCAUGCCAUCAACAGUAUAAGACCCAUAACCUGAAUGUUUCUCAUACAGCAAAGAAAAGUGGAUCAUUGAAGGCAAGAGACAUGCCGUAAGCUUCUGUUUAUCUGAACGCAAGUGGUGUUUCCAAAUGAUCACAUAACACAGCAUAUGAUUUACAAGAGAAGUAUCAGUAUUCGGAAACAAAGGUGCUUCAUUUUAUCAUCAUACAAAUUGCAACGGUUUGUGGACCUCAGAUUCAAUCAUCUUCACUCGUGUCGAUGCCCUAAGUACCCUCAUUUCUGAUACUGCUGCUGCAUAUUCGAGGGAGGAUGUCUGCACACUUCCAUCUACUCUUUUAAUUGUUUUGAUUGUCUUCAUAUUGAAGAUGAGGUUGUAUGGAAGAAACAAACAUUUUUUUUUUCUUUUGCUUGCAUUUUUGGGCAAAAUAAAAAGAAAAAAACUUAAAAGAUCAGGAUGAAAACCUGAGAAUGUGUCUACCUUUGUGUCCUGUAUGUUAAAACAAAUAAAUAAAUAACAAAUGACAGAGCUGAGGAUUUGUUGUAUGUAAAUAGAAGGAAAGAGGGAUCAAGACCUGUCAUGGAUUAAACAGAGAGGACCGUGUGAGUUCACAUCUUCAUGGAACUUAAUCUGGAUAAUAACAGAUUUGUCUUGGAAACUCGGGACAGAAAUUAAGUGGCACUUGGAUGGGGACAAUGGGGACAUCUGCCUUGGCUCCUGCAUCAUGGGCUUGUGGGUUUUUAUUAUGUCCAUUUAACACUGGAGCUGACAGCCACACAUGCUAGAUUAUGAGAUUUUUGGCUCAGUGACCCAUUAAUGCCAUCUGCAGAUUCAGAGGGGAUUAUCUGUCUGUUGGAGAGGUGACAUGAAUGGGCAUUCCCCUUUGCCCCUCUCUGCCUUCCUGCCCACCCCCCUCUGCUUCCAUGACAAGCACAUAGCUGUAUAUUACUGUAAGUUCCUGCAUUGUACAAUUCCCCCUCCUCAGAUUUGUCAGCUGUGUUCAACAUGUUGGAGUUUGUAACAGUAAUUUCAAAGAAGAGAAUAAAAAUUGUACUAAAAAAGGAGAAAAAAAUCUAAAUUGCACUCAAUAAAAAUGAAUUAAAGUA